CAGUCAUUCACAUUUUUCUCACUAGGCCUAGCUAGCAUUACUAUUGUGAGCGAGCAGUGUGCUGUGAUGAUACGGACGGGUGACUGGUCGUUUUGUGAAUGUGACGGGCGUGUGUGAUUAUAAGACUAUCUAGUUACACAGGUGCAGCCCUGACUACCGAGUAAAAACCACUAAUUAUCUUACGCUAUGUAAAGUUGUGGUCAGCCCGUGAAAUGUGGGGGUAGAAGUAUUCUGACAGCGCCCCGACACCACGUGGAGGAUAGUCGUGAGCAGCUCUGAAGUUUAUAAACACACUGCUACUUGAAGAAAGUGGUGUGAAUUCUUAGUUUUGACAACUGUCCUUGGAACGUGGUAUUUGUGAAUAUUUCUCUUUGGAAUUAAGAGACCAGCUAUGGGUCAAAACGGAGGGGAGACCGAGGCGGCGGCCUCUACAGUGACUGUGGUGAAAUCCAAACUAGUGGUGGUAGGAGACUGUGGGUGUGGUAAAACUUCCCUCAUCAAACGAUACGUUCAGGGAGAGCACAAAGAUACCUAUACACCGACAGGUUUCGACACCUACACGGCGACAUACCACGUCUCCGACACGUACAAAAUACAGAUGUCGAUUUGGGACACAUCUGGAGACAGUGGCUAUGAUCGAGUGCGCCCCCUGUCAUACAGUGAUGCAGAUCUAAUUCUGGUUUGUUUUUCCGUUGCCGAUCCUGAAACCAUGGAUGCUGUCAUUUCUAAGUGGUACGGAGAGGUACGGGAACACUGUCCCACACAGCCUAUAAUCCUAGUGGGCUGUAAAACUGACCUGAAGUCGGACACAGACUUCACAGCCAGGCUCGCCCGAAAGAAACAGUCCAUGGUUACCUAUGACCAGGGUCUGAAGACAGCCAAACACAUCGGUGCUCUCGUGUAUUCAGAAACGUCAUCCAAGACGUCACACAGGAGUGUAUGUGACGUUGUCGAGGUAGCUGCUCUUUCUUCCGCCGGAAAUAAAAGUCCCGCAGAAACGACGAACUUUAGACGACAGAGGUCAUUUAUCAAGCGUAAACGCUUCAGCGGUAUGGGUGAAGCAAAGGUCCAUUUACGGAAGGAAGCGGCAAAGAGCUGUGUCGUUAUGUGAACUUUGGCCUAUGACCUUUUUGUCUCAUAUCAAGUUCAUAGAUCAUAUUCUUACAAGUGUUGUGAUACUUUUAAUUUAUCUUUCAUUAUAUUGAUAACGCUAGACUUAGCCAAAGCAAUAUUUGCUCAAUGUUGAGAUAUAAGAGGAAAGAACGCUUCAUCACUUAAUGAGUGUAAUUUGUUUUAUAUUGAUGACAAGAUAAUGUCAGUACACAGUACAAGAAACAGCAAGAUAGACCGUUGAUGUGCGCUGGCAACGUCAGCCAUCAGUCAACAAUGCCCAGGACAGAUUCGGUCAAGAGAAAAUUACAGACUUGUAUGUUGUGUACGCUGAUAAGAAGAAUGUAUCUUCUGGAAAAAAGAUUUCAUCAGUUUGAAAGAAGCUUUCCGUGGACGCUAUGCUUGUAUGUUUUGAUAAUGACAUCCUAGUGACGUCAGAUGCGAAUUUUGGUUAGUGAGUUAAGUGUGAACCACACAAAUGGUGCCCAGCUAUCUAGUCAUAAACAGAGACGGUUGUACUGCUCAUUGUCCGUUGUAUAUUGGAUUGCACGUGCGUUAUUUGUGUCUGUUUUGUUCGCUUCCGGUUCAUCAUGAAUCCUGUUUACUAUGGUGACAGACGAGCUUAACCAGACAUCUACAUUCAGAAUGACUAUAUUAUAUACCAUUUGUGUUUUUUGAUUAUAAUUUAUUUAUAUUUAUUUAAUAAUAAAAGGAUGUGAGAAGUGUAUAAACCAUAUAGAUUGUACCAGAUGACGUUACAUUCACCUUAUACUAGUGAUUGUGCAAAAUGACCAUGUGAGCCUCUGGUUCAUUCAAUAAUCCAGAACGAAGGAGAUUUAUUAUUAAACAGGACACAUUGAUAAUGCAUGAAAGAGGGAGUGAAGAGAGCGAAGCUAGACAGGAAGACGACCUGCAUCAAAGGGAGAUAACGCUAGUUAUGUAGAUAAUAGACUGGAUUACCUGCCUUAGUUUUAUUUCUCUUCGCUGGAUAGUAUGAAAAAAAUACGGCAGGCAAUCCAGACUGUGUAGCUUACCACAGGGAUUAUUAUAGUCUAUCCCAGGGUUCCUUGCGAUACAUUUGUGAUUACAGAAUAUUUCAAUGAACCCUGGGGUUAAAUGAAGAUGUAUGCACGUUCACAUGAUAUGGUCUAAAAAUAGACCGAAAAAAGAAAUAUGAUUUUCUGUGGUAGACACUAUAGAACUAAGACUUGGAUAACUGUCUCUACUUGUUGUUUAUCCAUUAAAUGAAGUUUUACUUCUGCAUAAUACUUUAUACAUUGUUAAAAAUGAACGUUUUUUUUUUUUUUUUUAUAUAUGGACGGAUGGACACACAUUGUCUGUUUGUAUACUUACAGAAGGAAAACGCCCGUCUUUGUUUAUUUAAUAUGAUGGAUGAUAUACGGGUAAUUCUAUGGUAAGAUCGUUGUGCAAGAUUAUUUCACUUUUGCCAAGUAUUUACAGAAGUCCCAAACAUUAGAUAAAUAGUAUUGUCUGUUAAAACGUACGAGUGGACUAAUAGCUCUCAAAUAAAACAAUGGAUAAAUAUAAAGGUAUACGUCUUUAUGAUUGAGUGUACCACAUUUUUGGAACUCUCCUGUCAAUUGAAUUGUAUGGUAUUGUAGAUUAGUGAUGGUUGUAUGAAAGGUUGUCGUUGUUUGACGCUUGGUAUCCUUUUGUUAUAAUACAAAUGUCUUUCAUCCAUUGUACAUGUUAUUGUUUUGUUUCUGUUGUCAGUUGGAGGACAUUUCUGCCAAAACGCGCAUGUGUUUAAGCAUUCCCAUUCUUUUUAUUUACAUGUCUUAUAACAGGCUGUAAGCAUUUUCAUCGGUAAAAAAACAUGGCGUCACACUGCUUUGCGAGGUAUUGAUAAAAAAAAUGCAGUAUGGCUUCAUAAACCGUGGAGAUUUUUCUUCUCUGUCAGAAACUGGAAUUUUGGAUGAAAGAUUGUUUUCUUUGAAAUUGAUAAAAUGAUAGAAAACGAUUCCCUAACUGGUGAUGGUUGGUUAUCCUGUCUGUCCGUAUGAAAUCUCUAAUCAGACAACCAUGUUAACUAAUCAUCACUGGUGGGAGAACUUCCUAACUCACAAUUCUGUCAUAUUUCUUGUUGGUAUUCCAGCAGUAGAGAACUAUUGGUUUAGAGAACACAACAUGUUGCUAGGAAACUUUAAUUCUCCUUACUUUUUCUUUGCUAUUCUUGAUUUUGGAGAGAAAACUAAAACAAAGCUAUGACUUGAAUUAUAAGAUAUCGCAAUAAACUAUUUCCGAAUGAAAGCUUUCCUUUGUAGGCUAUAUAGUCUCCUUCACAUCGUGGGAAAACAAUUGUUUUUAAUGUCAGUGAAAUUGCGUGGGAUGAAGUGGGCUUUCAGAAGGUAAAUAGAGAGAUUGUAGGGGUACCCAUUGGAUACAGCGAGAACGAGGGGUACCCAUUGGAUACAGGGAGAACGAGGGGUACCCAUUGGAUACAGCGAGAACGAGGGGUCCCCAUUGGAUACAGCGAGAACGAGAGGGUAUCCAUUGGAUACAGCGAGAACGAGAGGGUAUGCAUUGGAUACAGUGAGAACGAGGGGGUAUCCAUUGGAUACAGCGAGAACGAGAGGGUAUGCAUUGGAUACAGUGAGAACGAGGGGGUAUCCAUUGGAAACAGCGAGAACGAGGGGUACCCAUUGGAUACAGCGAGAACGAGGGGUACCAAUUGGAUACAGGGAGUUCGAGGGGUACCCAUUGGAUACAGCGAGAACGAGUGGUUCCCAUUGGAUACAGCGAGAACGAGGGGUACCCAUUGGAUACAGCGAGAACGAGAGGGUAUCCAUUGGAUACAGCGAGAACGAGAGGGUAUCCAUUGGAUACAGUGAGAACGAGGGGGUAUCCAUUGGAUACAGUGAGAACGAGGGUUAUUCGUGGGAUACAUAUGCCAUUGUUAUUCCAGACUUAUAAACGAGAGGAUUUUGACGAGCAAUGGACAUAAAUAAAUUCAUGAAUA